AAAUGGCCGCCAAGUUAGUUUGAUAGCUCAGUAGAAUAACAUUUUCAAACCUUAGUACACUCAUUAUUUGGUCGAAAAUUUAAUUAAUUGUGCUAUUGCAGGUUCAAAUGGAAAGCUUUUCACCUGUGUUUGUGGAUUCCUAUGAUCCUUUAAAAGCUGGAAGUAUUGAUGGAACUGAUGAAUAUCCACAUGACAGAGCAAUCUCUAGGGCACUACAGAGUAAUUACAGACCAAAUAAAUAUGUCAAAGGAGACCCAGAAAGAACAAUUUUUGUUGGUAGGUUAAGUCCACACACCACAGAGGAUAGCUUGAAAAUGUGUUUAAAACAAUUUGGAACAAUAAUUAAUGUUAGGUUAGUCAGAGAUAUUGUUACUGGUUUCUCUAAGUGUUAUGCGUUUAUUGAGUUUGAAGAUAAAUAUCAGGCAAGAAACUGUGUUCGAUCUGGCCAUCCCUGUAUGGUUGAUGAUCAUAAUGUACUCUUAGAGAUGGAAAAAGAAAGAAUUUUGAAAGGGUGGAUUCCAAGAAGAUUUGGUGGUGGCUUAGGUGGAAAGCGUGAAUCUGGUCAGUUAAGAUUUGGUGGAAGAGACAGACCAUUCAGAAAACCAAUCAUUAGAGCAGAUUUGGAUUCAGUGACAGGUAGUGAAAAGAAGAAUUUCAGAAAUGAAAACUUUACUAACGAAAAAGCUCGAUCAAGACAUAAUGAUAGCAAAGAGCGGUAUACUAACCGCAGAAGGUAAAUGUUGCAGAUUCCUCAAUAUAUUCUUGUUUGUGGUCAGUGAAAAUAUUUUCUUGAAAACAUUUAAAGAAGUGAACUUUUUACCUGGUGAGAUUCUCAUCUUGGAGAAAUGUGAAGAUAAGACUUCUUAUAUACUUAAAGAUUCCUCACACUGUGCCAUUCUAACUAAAAGGCCCGCUGUUAACAUAGACAUAAUAUGGUGCUAUUAUCUUUUAUUUCAUUUUUCAAAUUUCUAUCUCUUUUUAAAAAUAAAUAAAUUAUUUAAUAAUACUACAAA